AUGGAAGAAGAAUACCCUUUUAAUGAUAUGGUUUCAGCACUUGCAUGCCUAGACAAUUCUCCGAAUCAUGACUCUUCGAGUUUAGACACUGAUGAUGGUGUUGCAUUUCUGUCGUCAAAAAUGU